AUGUCCGAUACUAAAAAAGAACUCGUUCAGGAUUUAUACGAUGCUGCACUUUUAACAUCCGGAGUCGUUGGGAUUUCGUACGCGGCCAAAACGAUCGCGGGAAAAAGUUUGGGUGCACCGAUGACGUUAGAAGGUGCGAUGAAACUCGGUGUGGCCGUGGCAGGAAGUUCCGUAGCCGUGGCCUAUCUCAAAGACAAAGGUUACGUUCCAAAAACAAUCGGUAAAUAAACAAGAUGACAACCAAUUUAGUAGUCGGUGGAUUAUUCAAUGCGGUCGCAUUUGCAGGCGCGGGAUUUUUAUUUUCUCACUUGAAUCAAAACGGGUACAAAGAAGAAGUUCAAAGACAUAAUCGUGCAUUGGAAGAAUUAGCCGCGGCCAAAGAAAAAUUUUACGAAUCCGAAGUGAAAAGACGGAACGAAUAA